AUGGCUAUCACGCCGACCCAAUUCGCCAAAAAGACGGCGCAAUCGGCCAACUGGUCGGAUGCGAAGCGUCGAGUUCUCUCCUCCUACCGCGAAUGGAUCCGAGCUGCUCCCGAGAUCCAAACCAUGUAUAACAUGCCCUUGCCCGUCUCCGCGAUCCGGACGCGGGUCCGUCAGGAGUUCGAGCGAAACCGAUACGCGGCCAAGCUUCCUGUUGUCGAUGUGCUUUUGUUCAAGUCCCACGCCGAAUAUCAGGAGAUGAUGAACUUCUGGAAGCAGACCACUCACGUCAUGUCCUACUUCAAGGAGGAGAACUUUAGAGGAGACAAGAGGCUGCCAUCGAGCUUCAUGGAUGGAUUUUUGGAGGGCCGAAAUUAG